AUGUUACGGUUAAAAAGUUGGCUUUUAUGUGGGGGUGAGGUUUGUUUUAUUGAAGAGGAUGGUGAUGCUCGUUUGGUGGUUAAAUGUGUGUGUAUUAAGGCUGCGGAACCUUUUUUUAUACAAGAUAUGAUUAAAGUGGUUGCUCAAGAUGUUGAGUAUGGAGUGGUGGUGCAUGAAAUUUCAAAUUGGGAACCAAAUAUUAUGGAGGAUGGAGAAAUAGGGUCGGACAUUCCAGACCUGUCAGGGGGAGAGGAAGAAGAUGCUUGUUUCGAGGACGAUGUGAAUGAUUUUAUUGAUGUAGAAUGGCGAUAA